AGAGAAAACAGGAGAAACUUCACGCGUAUAAAAGGAGCACUCCCCUCCCCCUUUUUCCAAAUACCAUAAUUCUUUGUUACUUUCGCCACACCAAAAAGUUUUUUCCCUGUUAUUUUUUAAAGAUUUUUUGUUGUUGUUUUUUUGAUAGUGAGCGCCCAUGCCGGUCUACGAGAUCGCUGCGAAGAAGAAGGGGAACCUCCUGCGCAGCGUCAAGAGGGCAGAGGCGCAGGCGGAGAAUGACCGCGACCGCGUUCAAGAGGAAGGAGACGAAGAGGAGGACGAGGAGGAGCUGGUGGACGAUGACGACGACAUCGUGACGGACUCCGAUGCCGAGGCUGCGGUAGAGGAGGAAGAGGGAGAAGAGGAAGAGAAGAAGGCGGCGCCGUCUCCAGCCGCAGAUGCCACCAGGGUCGAGUUCAACGAGCCAGCGCAGUGGGUGGAGCGCAUGGCCCUCACGUCCACACGCUCUCUCCCGAGCGACCUGAACGCCGACGACGACCCGAAGCGCGAGGAGGCUUUUAUUCAGCAGACCUUGCUGUCCGUGGCGCGUGGCAUUUCCUUGUUAGAGGAGGCGAACGUGCCGUGGAAGCGGCCGGAUGACUACUACGCGGAGAUGUACAAGAGCGACGUGCACAUGAAUGACGUGCGCCAGGCGAUGGAGGCGUCGAAGGCACGCAUUGAGGCCCAGGCGCACCGCCGCUCCAUGAAGGAACAGAAGAAAUACGGCAAGGAAGUGCAGGCGGAGGUGCUGCGGCAGCGGGCCAAGUACAAGCGGGACAUGCAGGACAACCUCAGCGACUGGCGCAAGAAGCGACGCGGCAACGACGACGCCCUGCGCGGCAUCGUCGACGAAGACGAGGACGGCGGGAGGGGGGCGAAGCGGACGAAGACGCAAAACACUCCACGUGCUCGUAACCUCCACCCUGGUGGCAAAAAGCGCCCCGGUAAGAACGCGCGUCACCGCCGCUAA